CAGAGGAAGAAACCACCGCAAGACGGGUCAGGAGAGAGAUUGUGGCCCCAAGGAGUAAUUGGGAAGAUCAAAGGAUGAAGUUCAGCCUCUCUUUCUUUUGCCGAGGAUGGUGGACAUUUCUCUUGCUUCAGCUCCACUCGCUUCAGGCCCUGGCUCAAGAUGAUGUGGCACCAUAUUUCAAGACAGAACCUGGCUUGCCCCAAAUUCACCUGGAAGGAAAUCGCCUUGUCCUUACCUGUCUCGCAGAAGGGAGCUGGCCAUUGGAAUUCAAGUGGUUGCACAAUGACAGUGAAAUCACCAGCUACUCAAGCGAAUAUAAGUACAUCAUCCCUUCGCUUCAGAGGUUUGAUACUGGCUUCUAUCAGUGUGUGGUGCGAAACAGGAUGGGGACACUCUUGCAAAGAAAAUCAGAAGUUCAAGUGGCAUAUAUGGGGAAUUUCAUGGCUCCAGAUCAGAGAAAAACUGUUUCUCAAGGGAAGGCAGCCGUUCUAAACUUGCUGCAAAUUGUCAGCUAUCCCAAGCCACAGGUGACUUGGUUUAGAGAUGGACACAAGAUUAUUCCAAGCCACAGAAUAGGCAUCACACUAGAGAAUCAGCUGGUGAUUCUGGCCACGACCACAAGCGAUGCGGGAGGUUACUAUGUCCAAGCUGUAAAUGAAAAAAACGGAGAAAACAAAACCAGCCCUUUCAUUUAUCUGAGCGUAGCAAGGGAGCAGAGACAUUAAUCUGGAGGAUUUCAGUCAUCUGUGCAGUAACAAAUUAAAAAUAAAUACAUGCAC